GAUUGUUGUAUUUGCCAGUCUUCUUUCUGGACGGAAAAAAAAGUACCCUUCUGCUUUUCCUGUCUGGUUUUUGUCCCUUCUUUUCCAAAGAAAUCAAAAACUGAGAUACUCACUAAGAUACAAAACCCGCAAAACCAUUUCAAAUUUGAAACACAGAAAUAUCAGAAAAAAGAAGAAGAAGAAGUUCCCAUUUUCUUCUGUACAAGAUUUUGGGGCAUGAAGAUUCUGUUUAUAGUGUGUCUUUCUAUUUGGUUUUUCAGUUCUACUUUGUUUUCAGCUCCUCUUGAUGUGAGGCCUGCUCCUCCUGUUGCUGAUCCUGUUCUUCCUACUGAAAAAGAUCCCUUUUUUGUGAAUUCUUCAACUGGGGUUACUCAUUCUCCAGAAGUUUCAGGGGCAAAAGUAGUGCAUCACCAGGACUUGAACAAAAAAAUUCUGAUUGCACUUGUUGUAGCAUCUUCUCUUCUUGGGGUAAUUUUGCUGUUCCUGGCAUGCUUUUCGAUCUACAGAUGGAAAAGAUUGAAGAAAUACCGCGAAAAAACCAAUCUGAGUCCAGUGGAUGCUGCAAAAGGGAUCUCAUUAGGUCCAAUUUUGGAUAAGUUCACUUCUUUGAGAAUUGGAAGCAAAAAAGGUUCAAUUGGUGAUAUCGAGUACUCAUUGUUGGUAGCUGCUACAAAUAAUUUCCAUGAAGAUAAUAUUCUAGGUGAAGGUGGUUCAGGACACGUUUAUAAAGCCCACUUCGACAACGAUUUGCACGCAGCCGUUAAAAGACUAUCUGCUGGUGGACAGGUAGCUGAAAGAGAAUUUGAGAAUGAGAUAGAAUGGUUGAGUAAGAUUCUGCAUCAAAAUGUUGUUUCGCUUUUGGGGUACUGUAUUCAUGGCGAGGGGCACUACCUUGUCUAUGAACUGAUGCACAAUGGCUCUCUGGAAUUCCAGUUACAUGGACCUUCUCGUAGAAAAUCAUUAACUUGGCAUAUCCGGAUGAAAAUUGCGUUGGAUAUCGCUAGAGGAUUAGAGUUCCUUCAUGAGCGUUGCAACCCUCCCGUGAUCCAUAGAGAUCUUAAAUCGUCCAAUAUUCUUCUGGAUUCAAACUUCAACGCCAAGCUUUCUGAUUUUGGUCUUGCUAUAACGGGUGGAAACUCGAACAAGACAAACAUCAAGCUUUCAGGAACUUUGGGUUAUGUUGCUCCUGAGUACCUCUUAGAUGGUAAGCUUACGGACAAAAGUGAUGUCUAUGCAUUUGGUGUAAUCCUUCUAGAGCUUUUACUCGGAAGAAGGCCUGUGGAGAAAGUGGCUGAAGGACAAUGCCAGUCGAUAGUUACCUGGGCAAUGCCUCAUCUUAUUGACAGGUCAAAGCUUCCGAACAUCGUUGAUCCCAGCAUCAGAAACACGAUGGAUUUGAAGCAUUUAUACCAAGUGGCUGCCAUAGCUGUGCUAUGUGUACAACCUGAACCAAGUUAUCGUCCCCUGAUAACAGAUGUCUUGCACUCCUUCAUCCCCCUUGUACCUCUCGACCUUGGAGGAUCGCUAAGAGUAAUAGAUUCUGCGCUCUCUUCUUGUGCAUAGCUUUCGUAUUCACUGAUCUCAAGGACUGGUUUUUUAUUUUUCUUGAUCUUAGAUUUCAUUGAAAUCCUUUUGUGUGGGAACUUGGAUUGUGGACCCACAUGCUUUGUCGAAAAAUUUUGGUUUUUUGUUCAUAUAGUUGUAAAGUUGAGGAGGUAAAAGAUUAUUAUUUCAUCGUGCAUUCCUAUGAGUUCGACUGAGUUAUGUUUCCACUCACCAUCAGCUCCCUGCGUGCGCUUUAGAUUUGUUAGCCUCUGUUGUAUGUUCCUAACAAUUUUCUGAGAAAUUUUAGCUUUUGUUAGGUGUCUUUUUGAA